AUGGCUCUUCAUAGCACUUUUGAGCCCGUGUGUGCUUCUUUACACCAUCGUUUGCCCUUGCCCACCUUAGAGCAAGCCAUUACUGAGCUCCUAUCCGAGGAGACUCAUUUUGGGAGUCUCAGAUCUCAAGACACGGAUUCUGUUCUUGCUACGCCAUCUUCUCCAAGUUCCUCAUCUUCCCAGCCAAUCAUAUGCAGUUAUUGUCGCAAACGAGGCCUGCCAGUCAAUCAUUCUCUUGUUCACUGCCAGUCCAAAUCUGGCCACGGUUCUCGCUCUGCUGCUAUUGCCUCUGAGGGUUCUUCUGCUCCUUCCUUCUCUAUGGAUGAUGUUGAGUCCAUUAUCCACCAGGUGCUCAACAAAUCUGGUACUCCUCCCUCUACUGCUCUUUCAGUAACCUCAGGUAACUCUUCAUGGUAUUUUGAUUCCACAUGCUGUAAUCACAUGACUUCUAACUCAACUCUAUUUUCUUCUUUGUCAUCAUCCUCUUCUGCUCCCACUAUGUACACUGCUGAUGGUUCUCAUAUGCCUGUUAGUCAUAUUGGCCAAAUCUUUACUUCCACUUUGUCUCUUUCUAAUGCUUACCAUAGUCCUUCUCUUAAAAUGAACCUUAUCCCUGUUGAUUCUGGCCCCAUGCUUCCACAGCCGCCUAUGCCUAUCAUCCAUCUUGAGGAUCCUGUGUCUGCUGAUGGCCCUACGCUUUCUCCAGAUUCGGUGGAGGUUCCUCCAGAACCUACUUCCAGUGAGGUUCCUCCUCCACCUGAGCAUCAUUCUACACAGGUCCCUAUAGGAUUAACAAUAUUUUGGAUAUUUGCUGAUUGGAAUGAUUUGAAUUCAAAGCGCCCAGAUCUUGGAAAUGCAAGUGUAGUGAUCAUUGGGGGACGAGCAUUGAAAAGCGCUGAGAAUUUUAAAAUGAUAGAGAAGCUUGCUGAGAAACUUGGUGCUGCAGUUGGGGACACUAGUGUGGCUGUUGAUGCAGAAUUUGUUCCUAAUGACCUCCAGGAGUAA